UUGUUAACAAACGAUCGUUUUCAUCCCCAGUCAGUCGCUGCACUUCGUGAUGGUGAAGUGGUCUUGAUCGCAAAUCUCUUGCCGUGAUGAUGAUCAUUUUGGUAGUGCUGCUGUUGGGUAGUAUACCCUCCAUAGCGGGAAGUGAUAUACCCAUUGAGUCACGGAAUGAUAAUGAUUGGUGGAAAUCGGGCAUCUUCUAUCAAAUCUAUCCACGUUCGUUUAUGGACAGCAAUGGGGAUGGUGUUGGUGAUUUGCGCGGUAUCAUUUCCCGGUUGGAGUAUUUGAGUGAGAACAAUAUAACCGGAUUUUGGCUGUCUCCGAUAUUUAAAUCCCCGAUGGCCGAUUUCGGCUACGACAUAUCGGAUUACUACUCCAUUCAGCCAGAGUAUGGAACGUUGGCGGACUUUGACGCACUGCGAACAAAGGCCAACGAGCUCGGUAUGGAAGUGAUUCUCGAUUUCGUCCCAAACCAUACUAGCGAUGAGCACGAGUGGUUUAAGAAGUCGGAACAGCGAGUGCCUGGCUUUGAGGAUUUCUAUGUAUGGCAUCGAGGGCGACCGAAUCCACACAACAGUACGGCGCAACCAAUUGUACCAUGCAACUGGGUUAGUUUCUUUCGAGGCAGUGCGUGGCAGUGGAGCGAGACGCGCAAGGAGUAUUAUUUGCAUCAAUUCUCCGUGAAACAACCAGAUCUAAACUACAGAAAUCCUGCCGUUGUGGAGGCCAUGAAAGACGUAAUGCGAUAUUGGUUGGGACGAGGUGUAGGAGGCUAUCGUAUCGAUGCCGUGCCGACCUUAUUCGAAGUAGUUCCCGAUGCUGAUGGAAACUACCCGGAUGAACCACUGAGCGGCAACACGGACGACCCGGAUGACCCUGGUUAUCUGGUUCACAUUUACACACAGGAUCAAAACGAAACGCUCGACAUGGUUUAUCAGUGGCGUGCAGUGAUGGAAGAGUUUCAACAGCGCAUAGGCGUUCGCGAGCGCAUUAUAAUGGCCGAAACGUACUCUCCGAUCGACAUCGUGAUGAAAUAUUACGGCAAUGGAACCGUUCCCGGUGCGCAAAUACCCUUUAAUUUUCAUUUCAUCACCGAUUUAAAUGGAGAUUCAACGGCGGAGGAUUUUAAACGCACCAUCACUUACUGGCUUGAUCAUAUGCCGGCGAUCGAUGGCAUUGUUCCAAAUUGGGUGUUGGGAAAUCACGACCAGCACCGUGUAGCUAGCAGAUUCGGGGAAGAUAUGAUAGAUGCGAUGAAUAUGAUUUUGCUUUCCUUGCCGGGCGUUGGUGUCACCUACAAUGGCGAAGAAAUUGGAAUGGACGACGUUUGGAUAUCCUAUAAUGAUACUGUAGAUCCAGCAGCUUGUAAUGCCGGCCCAGACCGAUAUCAAUACACAACGCGCGAUCCUGAACGUACACCUUUCCAGUGGGAUUCGACAAAAAAUGGCGGAUUUUCGACAGGGGAUCACACAUGGCUUCCCAUCUCACCGAACUACACGCAGGUGAAUGUUAAACAACAGUUAGCAUUAGAAAAUAGCCACUUGCAGGUCUACCGUCAACUGAUUGCCAUGAAGGUCGGUGUUGAUUUUGUUGCAAAUAGUUUAGGCAUAUUUGUGCAAGAGAACGUACUAAUUAUUUUGCGACACGCUCAAAUUAAUGGAUCAUUGAAGUCUAUUUAUACAAUUGCCAACAUUGGAAAUCAGCAGGCAACAAUCAAUCUUACUAAAUACGAACCUUCACUUCAGGAAGGAAUUUUAGCUAUCCUAUGUGUGAACUCUAACCAUCCCAAAAACGAUUUAGUUGCAAUGCACAAUGUAGUGGUGGAAGCUAAAGAAUCAUUCGUACUAGUGUCUAUCAACUUUCGGCCUGAAGUUAUUCAGAUAUAACGCCACAUUUGCAUUGUUUAGAAAGGGUUACAAAUUUUGAAUUUUCGGAAUAACAUUAGAUACAAUUGGUGUUCAAUUUAAAAAAAAAUCGACGAUCAUUUAUUCGUGUUUUGCAUCACAAUUCUUAGUACAGAUAUAAAAAGCAAGAAACGACACGACGUGUGCAGCCUUUCCUCUUUAAACGCCGAAUAAAUAAACGGAAAAUAACAUAAAAAGAAA